GCAGGCCAUGGAGGGCUGAACCAGCUGGGUGGAGCCUUUGUGAACGGGCGCCCGCUGCCUGCCGGUGUGCGCCAGCGCAUCGUGGACCUGGCCCACCAGGGGGUGAGGCCCUGUGACAUCUCCCGGCAGCUGCGUGUCAGUCACGGCUGCGUCAGCAAGAUCCUGGGCAGGUACUACGAGACCGGCAGCAUCCGGCCGGGCGUGAUUGGGGGCUCCAAGCCCAAGGUGGCGACGCCACGGGUGGUGGAGAAGAUUGGAGACUACAAGCGCCACAACCCCACCAUGUUCGCCUGGGAGAUCCGUGACCGGCUGUUGGCCGAGGGCGUGUGCGAUGGUGACACCGUGCCCAGCGUCAGCUCCAUCAACCGCAUCAUCCGCACCAAGGUCCAGCAGCCAUUCAACCUCCCCAUGGAGAACUGCACCAUUGCCAAGGCCCUCAGCCCUGGCCACAGCCUCAUUCCCAGCUCGGCUGUGACCCCCCCAGAGUCACCCCCCUCGGAUGCUGGCUACUCCAUCACUGGCCUGCUGGGCUUCAGCACCACCAGCCAGCGCAAGCCUGAGCCCCCGGGAUGGGGUAUGGGGCAGUUGGGGAAGGGGGCUGGGGAGGUUGGGGCUCUGCGAGGGAUGCAUCCCAAGCAAUCGGAUCCCUGGGUGGAUGGAUCCUGGGUGGGUGAAUUCCAAGCCACUGGAUCCCCAGAUGGAUGGAUUCCUGGUUGUGUGUGGGAGUCCUGGCUGGGUAGAUCUCUGGGCAGAAACCACUGGAUCCUCAGGUGGGUGGAUCCCUGGUUGUGGGAAGCCCUGGGCAGGUGGAUGCCAAGCAACUGGAUCCCCAGGCAGGUGGAUCCCUGCCUACUUGUUAGGAUAGAUUCUUGCUGUGGGGGCUGUUCCCAGGCAGGGAGGUCCCAGAUGGGUGCUUCCCUCUGCCAGGCUGGUGGGUUCAGCGAGGUUUGGGGGCUUUUGGGGGUGCCCCCUGCCCCAUCUUACCCCUGUCCCCCCGCAGGGCGUGAGCUGGGGGGCCCCACCCUGCCCGGGUACCCACCCCCUAUGCCCAGCAGCGGCCAGGGCAGCUUGGCCCCCGCCAUCGCCGCCAUGGUGGCAGGCAGUGAGUACCCCGCUGGUGCCUACAGCCACCCGCCCUACAGCUACAGUGAGGCCUGGCGCUUCCCUGGGCCUGGCCUACUUGGCUCCCCGUACUACUACAGCUCGGCUGCCCGCGCCCCUGCACCCCCGCCUGCCACUGCUUAUGACCAGCUGUAGCACUUGGAGCUGCACUGCUGGGGGGCCCAGAAGACUGGGGGCGUCAGGGCUGGGAGCCCAGACGCCUGAGUUCUCUCCUUGCGGUGGCGGGGUGAGCAGGGGAAACUGAGGCACAGAGGAUGAGAACCCAUGUGUCCUGCCCAUCCCAACCCCAUGCUGGAGCCCCGCCCCCUUCUGUCCCAGGGCGGGGCUUGGCUGGCCCUGCCCCCAAGCAUAUGGGAUGCUGAAUAAAGGCUUUUUCCCUUCA